AAUAGUCGUUGCUGGACCUUAAGUGUCCCUAGCUUGCGUAACACCCUCUGCAAAAUUUUGAAAAUGGCUACGUUUACAACCACUGAACCGACAACAGUACUGCAGCAUGUCCUGAAAAAUGUCUCCCAAUUAACAUUUUCGUGGUACGACUACAUUUUCUUCAGUGUGAUGUUGUGUCUUAGUGCGUUAAUUGGGAUUUAUUUUGGCUGCUUUGGUUCCAAGCAGUCCUCAGCUGACGAGUACCUCAUGGGUAACAAGAAAAUGAAAGUUCUUCCCAUUUCGAUAUCGUUAGUUGCUAGUCAUAUUUCGGGUAUAACGCUGCUAGCUGUUCCAGCUGAUGUCUAUAGGUAUGGAGCUGCUUAUUGGCUUGGAGUACCAUCACUCAUUAUAGUUGGAAUAGUCACGAUGUACAUUUACCUUCCAGUAUUUUAUAAAUUACAAAUUACCAGUACGUAUGAGUACUUGGAACGGAGAUUCGACAGUACUAACCGAACAUUUGCGUCCUUCUUGUUCGCACUGGGUCUCUUUCUCUAUUUACCAAUAGUGAUAUACGUGCCAGCUUUAGCAUUCUCUGCAGCUAGUGGAAUACAAAUUCAUUACAUCACCCCAGUAGUCUGUGGUGUGUGUAUUUUUUACACCACACUUGGAGGAUUAAAAGCGGUAGUUUGGACCGACACUUUACAAUUCACAGUGACUACUGGUGCAGUCUUCACUGUUGUUAUAGUCGGAGUUAGAGCAGCUGGUGGUUUCGCAGCAGUAUGGGCUAGAGCUGCACAAGGUGAUCGCUUAAAUUUCUUCGAUUUUGAUCCAAACCCCACAAAACAUGACUCUUUCUGGACCGUCUUCAUCGGUAUUUGUGUCCACUGGAUCGGUGGAAUGGCCAUUCACCAAAGCUGUGUCCAGAAGUACCUUUCAGUGUCGACUUUCCAUAAAUCCAAAUUGACCGUAGUUUACUUUUUCAUUGGAAUUGUAAUUAUGUGUACGUUGAGUGUCUUCACCGGAUUGAUAAUGUACUCGCGUUACUUCAGCUGUGAUCCUUUCACCACUGGAGUGGUCCAGAAAAACGACCAACUCCUCCCGUACUACAUCAUGGACGUCGCGUCCCAUAUUCCAGGACUGUCUGGUCUCUUCAUGGCUGGAAUUUUUUGCGCGGCUUUGAGUACCUUAUCGGCUUGCCUCAACUGUCUAGCAGGAACGGUGUUCGAGGAUUUUGUGGUCAAAAUCACUGGACCCAUCCAAAAUGAAAAAACUGCUGCCACUAUAUUGAAAAUUUUGGUUUUGGUUGCUGGGGUGAUUUGUACCUUGUUAGUUUUGGUUGUUGAGCGUCUUGGAGGAGUUCUGUCUUUGGCUAUAAGUCUAGGAGGUGUAACUUCUGGGCCACUAUUGGGUAUGUUCACUCUGGGGGUGUUGUUUCCGAAGGCGUCAAGUAAAGGUGCGUUCUAUGGAUCCAUUAUAGGCCUCUUGUUUAUGGGUUGGAUAGCAACAAUGUCUCAUUAUUACAAAGCUGCAGGGGUAAUUGUGGAUAUUCCAAAACCAACUACAACAGAAGGUUGUUCUUUUGUUGCUAAUGCAAGUUUGACAUCUUCAGCUAUUCUGGAAUCAAGAUCGUCACUUUUUGAAAAUUUCACAACAGAAUCUGCAGAGCUUCAAGUUGAUAAUUUAACUAGUGUUCAUUUACCAAAGUCGGAAACACCAUUAGGAAAUCCUAACGAACAAGUAUUUGCUUUAUUUAGGCUUUCGGUGUACUAUUACACUCUAUCGGGGUGUCUUGUAACCAUUGCGUGUGGUUUAUUGAUCAGUUAUCUCUUCCACAAUGACGAUCCACCAGUAAAUCGAGAUCUGAUAAGUCCUGUAAUUUACUUCUUGCUGCCAGAGGAAAAAAUCGUCUUUGAUGCUAAGAAGAAUUAUUAUAGUCUUGACAAGGCCCUACAUCUGGUUACUACAAUGAACUUUUCGAAAGAAAGUGAUGAAAAAAUCAAAAAUUGACUGAUGUGUACCUAUAGGUAAUUUAAUUUUAGGAAUUUUAUUUAU